AUGCGGGGACCACCCUGGUCAGCGGGCACGAGGAUGUUCAGUUCGGUGGAUGACUCCUCCGAUAGCAGCGACACGAGCAGCGAGUGUUGGAACCCGCGUUCACCUGGAGAACAUAGUAUUGGUAGUCGUCCCUCGGGGGGCGAUGUGUCCCCGAGCAAGCUGGCCUUGCCUGCUCUGGCUACAGCCCUGCGUGCUUCAAGAGCUCGAGCGGCCGCGGCUCAGGCGAAAGCUUCUCGGUUACUGGAGGAGACGGGACGCCUACGCGACGCCCUGAAAGUCGCUCGCAAGGGAGAGGAAAGAGCGAACCGCUGCGAGACGGAGCUGGCCAAAAGCGAGGCCCGCGCACGCGAGCUCGAGAGCGACAACCGACGGAUCCGACGUGACCUAGACGGGGCCAGGCUUCGGAACAGGCAAAACGAAGCCAAGGCGCGCAGCUCCCUCUCGAUCCUCAGGACUUCCCUGGAAGGCCUCGAGCAAGAGCAGAGGGCAAGAUGCAAGCGCUGGAGAGCAACGACAAGGUCUCAGAGAGCUCUCCUCGAGUCUCUCCGGCGGCACGUCCAGCGCGGCCACCACUCGGCCCCGUCCUUCACCGCCUUCCAGCUCAUCGAGCAGAUCUUCGGGUGCCUCAAGACCCUGGAGUCGGAUGCGCAGCUCUCCCCCGCGCGGCGGAGACAACGCUCGCCCUCUGCCGCUUGUUCGCCCCUGACUGACCCUUCGCCUCCCCGUCGUGGAGGAUCGCCCAAGCGGUCGCCGCACGCCGCCGUCGCCGCCGCCGCCGCCGGCCCGCGGGUCACGGUGAAGGGGCUGACGCCGACACCGUCUAGUGUAUCGGAUCGGUUAGACGACGAGGAGGAUCCUGAUCUACGUACAGGGCGAGGGACAAACCUGCCCGCGGCGAUCGGUAUUGGUGGCGGCGGUGGUGGCCUGUAUUUUUCUUCCGACGGCGACGGCAGCGGCGUGGACGGAAGCAGCGGUAGCCAAGAGGAGUUCCAGACCCAAGAGGGGGGGGGAGGGAGAACGACAGCGAGGUUUUCGACGGAGUGGGCGUACCGCCUGGCGGUAACCAAGCUUACCGCACAGCUCAAGGCGGCGAGGGAAAGGCUGCACGGAGAGAAGGAGGCGGCGAGAUCGGCGGGCGAGAGGGUUGAGCAGCUGGAACUGGAAGUCGAAGGCUUGUCCUCGAAGGUCGCCGCGGCGGACGGCCAUCGUCGCAGGCUGGAAGCCAUGCUCAAGGAGACAAAGCGAGAGCGCGACGCGUUGAGGGCGCUCAGCGCAGCGCUCGGUAUCCUCCACCAACGUCAGGCGUCGUCAAGUCCCGCGUACCCCCCUGCACCACAACCGCCACCGCCGCCACCGCCGACCGCAUUUUCCGCUACCCCCCAAGCACCGACGGCGCCCACCCCUCAAGCGCCGGCUGUCUAUCCAGCAACGGUGAGCGAAGCGCUCUACGACCACGGAGGGGGUGCGCCGCGGUUGGAGCCCAGGGCGCUGGCCGCUGCGCGCAGCCGCGAUGGUGGCAGUGGCGGCGGGUGGUGGGAAGGUGGCGAAGGUACCGGCGUCGAGCCACGCUAUGGCCAGCGGCAUCAGCCCCAGCAGCACACCGCCGCACCCGACACAGGGGACGGUUUUAUGGGGUCUCCGGCCCCCGCCGUCCGCGGAGGCGCCGGAAGAGAGCCACCCCGCUCCGCGCGGCACGCCGAAAGCGCCGGGGUUGGCGGGCGCGAGCUGCUAACUCGAAGCGAGAUCCAGAGAAUCGUGGACGACGCCGUCAUGAACGGCACCGGGAGGAGGGGGACGGGCGACGGCGGCGGGGGCGAUGAUGUCGCCGGUGUUGGCGGUUCGCAUGCCGCCGGUGCGGAGCUACCGGGGGUCGGGUACAGAUGGCGGGAUACGUCGCUGGGCUUCGGUUCUAGCUCGCUUCUCGAUCGUGGUGGUGGCGGUGGCGGCGGUGGAAGAAGAUCUGCGGCGGCGGCGGCGGCGGCGGCGGCACCCACGGCCGCCGCCUCGUGUUCGGGACGCCGGAGGGACACCGCGUGGCUGUCAAGCCGGCCCCCCGCUACCGCUAUCGGCAGAACACCAGCAGAACGCGGGAUCGUUGUCGGUGCUGCGCGGGUGGGCGGACCCCCGCCACGGCCCAAAGCCACGAACAGCGACGUUGGCGGUGGCAAGAAUGGUGGGGGGGGUUCCGUGAGCUUCGGGGGGGGGUCUUCGCUCGGGCCUCGCGCGGUGACCCGGGAGGAUCUGACCAGGCUGGACAACGAGAUCGCGAACCUGAGCAAGACGGUCGAGCAGCUGACCGAGUGUCGUAUGGAGGUCGUGUUUGGCAAGAAGCGCAAAUCAGAACAAGAAUAA